AUGAGGAACCCACCACCACAUAUGAGGAACCCACCACCACAUAUGAAGAACUCACCACCACAUAUGAAGAAUCCACCUUAUACGAUCCAUGUUCAUCAUCAAUUUGGGGAUCAUCUGCAGCAACCACGCAAGCUUCCACAACCGUCGAAGAACCCACAUUAUAUGACCCAUGUUUAUCCACAGGCACUUCGACAAUGUGGGCAACAUCUGCAGCGACCAGUAAGACAGUCCUUGUUCAUUUUAACUACGAAAAGACAAUGU